AAUAGAAAUCCUUUCUUGAAAACCAAAGGUUUCGAACUACUUCUUUCCUUACUAGUCUGUCAGACAGGUCUUGCCUCCAAUCCAAUUCCACCGUUUCCCUCUCCUCUCCUCUCCUCUCCUCUCAAAAUGUCCGAACCGGAAAACGCACCCGAACCCCAAUCGGAGCAAGACUCCGUCUCGCCGUCGAAGCUGCCUACCCAAGACCAACCCGCCGCCGCCGCCGCCAAGCUCGGCCCCGCUAGCGUCACCUUCACCAUUUGGCCUCCCACUCAGCGCACGCGCGAUGCCGUCAUCAACCGCCUGAUCGAAACCCUGUCCUCCCCAUCCGUCCUCUCCAAGCGCUACGGGACAAUGCCUCCCGAGGAGGCCUCUGCUGCCGCGCACCAGAUCGAGAACGAGGCCUUCGCCGUCGCUGGCGGCUCCUCCACCUCUGAUAGCGACGGGAUCGAGAUCCUCCAGGUUUACUCGAAGGAGAUCAGCAAACGGAUGCUCGACACCGUCAAGUCCAAAGCCACCACCGGCUCUACCGCCGUCGAUAACGGUGUUGCUGAGAAUCCUACCUCCGAAGUUGCUCCUACCCCUGCCGCAGAGAGCGAUCCUGCCGCUGCUGCCGAGUCCGAAACCUGACCAUUCGGGAUUAUAGUAUAUUAUCUCAGGGUUCCCUUGCUGGGGUUUUAUAUUUUAGUGUUAUAUAUUCUGAUGAUGUUCUAUCUGUAAAACUAAGUUUAUUUGUCGUGCAACCAAUUUUCAUCAUAUAUAUUCCCUUGAACAUCUUAGGUUUUUCUUUGUUUCCUCCAAAGAUUACUGUGUGUGUCUCUGUUUUCGGUGCAUAUUUAUUGUUUGUUGCAAACUCACGUCUUACAUUGUUUUGGUACGCGUGCAAGUCGUGAAACUGUUUAUGGAUGGUUAAACUUGGUUACUUAA